UUCUAUCUCACCUACCAGAUUACAUAGUACACGUCACAAUCAGGUCACAAGGAGCUUGCAACAGGAAACACAUAGUAUUGUAGCAAUUUGUGACUUGGCUGAAUACUCUCAGCUGCAUACUACCUAUCUACGGCACCGGAUUGGCCAUACCACAGCAUCUACUUACUUUUACCGCUGAAACUAGCCUAGCUUGCGAUCAAUCCCAACGCCAUAGCACUGACAGCCAGUGACAGAUACUUAACAAAGCGCUGGCCAUGGCAACUGGAGCGCUAAGUCUUCGCGCAUUGGUGCUUGGUCCACUACACGUGAACGCUUUGGGUAAUGGCCGAGGUUCAAUUCACAUGUGCGCGAGCGUCAUCCCUUCGAAGCUUGGACACCUCGAGCCGAACAACCUAGUCCUAUCUACAAACACCUCUGUCACCUUUGUCAAAAUGGGUUUCGCCAAUCCCAAGUUCCCCGCCUCGGCAGCCUUCGAUGCCAUCAACAGCGCCCUCACCGCCAGCGAAGCCGACCGAAAAGAUGCCAUCAAGAAAGGCAGCGGCCUCUAUGCCUUCACACUGAAGAACAAGGCUGGUGAGACAGAGAGCUGGCAUAUCGACCUAAAGCAGAAGGGUGCUGUGGGCACUGGCACGGGAGAGAAGCCUGACGUGACGCUUGCGCUUUCAGACGACGACUUCGGUAAACUCGUUGCUGGAAAGGCCAAUGCUCAACGAUUGUUCAUGUCUGGGAAGCUGAAGAUCAAGGGCGACGUGAUGAAGGCCACCAAGCUCGACCCCGUACUGAAGAAGGCUCAGACCAAGGCCAAGCUAUAGACAUGCAUGGAAGGUUUCCAUUGUUCAAAUUCCCCGGGGCGAAAUGGAUAGAAAUGGGCCCGGUUGGCAGAACUCUA